AUGUUCUACUACUGCUGCUGUCGCCAGCAGUUUGUGGUGAUCCUCGUCUGCCUGCUCUACAUCCUGCUCGUGCUCGCCUUCUUUGUCAAUGUCUUUAUCGCGGAUCGCAACAUGCACGCGAAUCUGAUGAUGAGGAACGGCCGGCACGGUCUUCAUGGCGGGGGAGUCGCUCCGCCGGCAGGCAUGCAUCCGGGUCACCACAAUCCGUACGACAUGCAUGGCUACAACCACUACAGCAACUACCAUCCGCAAGUGGAUCCCAAGCAGCAGCAGGAGUUGGCCAAGAAGACGCCGCAGCAGCAGGCCGAGCAGGACAUUUACUACUAUUUCAAUCACGUAUUCAGGCGGCGACGGCGAUGAUUUAAAUCUUUAGUGCAUUAACUUAUAUACAACCACUACAUACAUAGAUACAUAUAUAUAUAAAUACUAUAUAUAGCAAAGCAGCGGAUUAUGUAAAAAGGGAAAUAAUUAAUUUUAAAAUUAAUAGUAAUUCAACCAAGAACCAACAAUCCGAUAUCCAACUUACUAAAUAAAAGCAAAAGCCACAGCAGAGUUGCGAGAAAUCA